GCCGCGCAGAAUCCCUGGAAUACCGAUGUGACCUUACCGGGCGCAAAGCAGUCCUAGCAGCGCUUGCAAAGCAACCUGUCUGCUAUCCACGUCGCCCACCUAGAGGCUACAUGCAAGCCGAUGAUACGCUCGGCAAGCGAGAGACGGCGGUCUUGCCAGAGAGGUGGCGCCAGGCGCCUUUGGCUCCAACACCGCCAGGUCGACUGAUUCCUGGGCCGAUCGAGAAGGAGAUCACCCGGUUUCCAUGCACGGCAUGCUGGCUCAUUGACACAUAUGGCCCUUUGGAAAGAUCGCUCUUCCUGGAGGACCGGCAGCUAUUCCGCGAGUACCAGCAG